AUGCCGCCACCACUACUACCCAAAAAAUCCAAACUGGAGACUGAGAACGCUCAGUCUAACAAGAUCACACCAAGAGAGGAGCAGCAAUCUGAAAAGAUUGGAAAGAGUAACCACACAGCAUCUUCGUCUUCAUCUCAAGGCACAGUAAAAAAGAGAUCAGCAUUUGAAGAUGUCACGAAUGCAUCUCAUGGUCAAUGUGUCCAGUCAAAGGAAGACAAUAUAGAGCUUAGAAGCCAUGUUUCCAAAAGGACAAAAAAAGGAGUUGGCGAAAUUACUCAGAAAAAAGUGAAAAGUUCUAAGUUGGGACAUGUUACCUCACUGUCAAACGUGGAGAAAGAGUUUAUUCUGGAUAUACCAAACAAGCCUAAAACACUAACUACUGAGGAACCAUCUGUCUUUCAAAAGACAUUGGUUUUAAAUGAGGAGCCUGCUACUGAAGAGACACUUGUAAUGGAGAAGCCACAAACCUUGCUGGAGAAGACUGAAGAUUGCAAUGAGUUUGAUACAGAGCUGAUGACUUCUAAAAGGAAGGAUAAACCUGAAGAGGCAACCAUCAUUGAGGAGAUGACUGAUUUAAAGAAGCCUGUUAUUGGGAAGAUGACGCUCACCUCAAGCCCAUUGUGUUUAAAUAAUAAACAUGUUGUUCAAGAAGAGAAGCAUGCUAUUUGGGGGAAGAGUUCAUUCAAGAAGGAAUCAUUAGCAUUAAAUGUGGUGGCUACUAAAGAGAAGCCAUCAGUCAAAAAGCCACAUUCCAGGAAAAAGAAACCUACCACUGAGAUGAAGUCUUUGUUACAGGAGCCAUCUUCUCUGCAAGAGAAAUAUAAUACUCAAGGGGAUGCAAGCAUCUCCACCAAGCCACAGGUGUUACAAGAGAAUACAAAUAACAAAGAUGAUACUUUAAUAGACCCAGUUACUUUAAAAAGGAAACAUAGUACCAAUGAAGCAACCCACACAAAGAAGCUGUCCUCUUCUAAAAAUAACUGUGACACUCAGGAAAAAGACACUAAUUUGAGGCCACUAGGAGUUCAGCCAGUCACUGAUGAAAAUGAGCCAUUGUCCUCUAAGAAGUCAACGCCUAAGAUGAACGAUUCCCAUUUCCAUGGGCCGUCUGUACUACUGGACAAGCACAUCCCUCAAAUGGAGGUGUCCACUGUGAAAAAAUCCCUGACUCUGCAAACUCCUACCCCUGAGGAGAAUAUGUUACAUUUUCUACUAGCUACAGAUUUGAAGAAGAUGAAGGAGGCCCCUCACCUGGAGAAGCCCUCAUUUUUAAUGAAGCAGCAGGAGCUCCCUAAAAGGAGACUUUUCUUCAGUAACUCUGCAGUACAAGAAACAGUCACUAGCGAGCCAUUGUCCUUUAAGAAGUCUACCACUGAGAAAGAUCCCCCUUUCCAGGGGUCAUCUCCACUGCAAAAGAAGCAUAACAGUCCUGGGAAAUUAUCCAAGCACAAGAAGCACUAUGUCUCACCAAGACAUCACAUGGAGGAGGACUCAGAUUUUCAAUUAGAUUCAGCUUUUAAGAAACAGAACAUCAGGGAGGAGCCAGCCUCCAUCCAUGAGCCUUUAAAGUUAGAGAUGAAGCAAACUAUUCCUAAAGGGAUGGGGUUUCAUUUGAGAAAUCUACUAGUAUUACCAAUACUAGAAGCAAAGUCACCAACUAAGGAGCCAUUAUCCUUUAGGAAAGAAAAUACACCUUCACCGAUAAGAAAGUGUGCUACUCAUACAAUAACCUCACAACAAGCACAGUCAGAGUGGCAGGAAACAGUAGAUGAAGAUAGAAAUUUGUUUUCUAUAAAGCCUGGAUCACAUAGGAAGGAACCUACACCCGAGUUCCUUCAGAAUCCAUUGCCACCAACAGAAAACUGCUUAAUUCCACAAAAAUUAUCCCUCUCAAUACCAUUGGCCUCACAGAAGACCACCAGUCAAGACAUAACACAUAGUAAAGAAUCAGUGGCUUCAAGUGAUGACAAGAACUUCUUCUCUCAAGACUUAUUUUCUCCUUUCAGUUCUACUGAUGAAGAUACAUUGAAAUUCCAUGAGUCUUUGGACUUGCAAGAGAAAGUUGAUAGAAAAAAUGACUCCCCCCAGAAAAUGUUUGACUCCCAGGACAGUGUUUCUGAAGAAGAGUCCUUUUUAAGAAAGCUCUUUUGUAAGGACAGACACUCCUCCAGUGAAGAAUCAAGCCAAGAGAGGCCUGUUGCUCUGGAACAGGAAUUCAUCUUAAAUAAAGUAUUGAAUGAGAACACCAGUAGUGAUGUUGAUGGGCCUCUUAGUCAUCAGUCACCUCACACUCAGAACCAUUCUGGCACUAUGAAGGAGGCCUUGGAGUCCUCGGAGGCCUUGGAGGCCUUGGAGGCCUUGAAAGCCUUAGAGGCCUCGGAGGCCUCGGAGGCCUUGGAGGCCUUGGAAGAACCUUUAAACAUUCAGGAAGAACUCAGCACUGAGAAUAUUAUUGCCCUCAUAAAGUCAUUGAUCACAGAAGAUGAGUCUAUUAAGGAGGCUUUCAUCAGGAAUUAUACUACUGUCAUGGAAGCUCAGGAUGAGAAAUCCUUGUCCUUGGAAGAGACCAGCAUCAACAAGGCAGCAACUCUGAAGGAGCCCUUAUCUUCACAGGAGAAGCACAGAGAUGAACUGGUGACUGUUCUGAAGGAGCUACUUGUCUUAGUGAAGAAUCCCAGGCUGGAGAGAGUGGCCUUAGCCUUUCAGGAGAAUCCACCCAGUAAUGUAGAGACUCUCUUGAAGGAAGUAUUGGCAUUGAUGGAGAAAUCUACAGCUGAUGAAUCUACUCUAAAGGAGCCCUUAGCCUUACAGGAGAAACCUAGCACUAAAACAGAGGUUACACCAAAGGAACUAUUGAACUUGGAAGAGAAUCCCAGCAUUAAAAGGGCAAGCUUCAAGGACUCUUUGACCUUUGAUCAUAAGUCUGACAUUGAGAAGGGUGAAAUAACCAGCAUGUCAUUAACUACUGAGGAGUUCAACAUAGAUACCCUUUAUGAGACGGUAUUAGCACUGAGUCAGGGUCUCAUUUCUGCAGACCAGUUAUCCCUUACAGAUCUACAGAAUUUUGAAGAGAGUAAAAUUGUUGAUGAAGAAGAAUUUUUCAAAUCAUUCCUUAUCUUUGAAAGUGAGAAUAGCCCUAAUAUGUCUAGCAAUACUUUUGAAUCCAGAACAGACAAUUCCAAUGCUCUCAUGCCAUGUUUAGAGACAUUCAAUCCUGUCAUGAAUUCCAAUCCAUAUGUAUCUAGUUCCAAAAGCUUUCAGUCAACUCUGGGUGGAAAAGAGACUGAGAUAAUCAUACUGGAUGACAGUGACGCACUGGAAAAUACUGAAAAGGAAGACCACGAUCCAUUAUUGAAUUCUAUAUAUGACAAAGACUUCUUCAUUUACUUGAAAGAAAAAGAGGAAGAGUUCAUAAUUGAGAAAUACAUGGAUAGACAGAUGGAACUCACCAGUGAUAUGAGGGCCAUUCUUGUGGACUGGUUGGUGGAGAUACAGACAUCCUUUCAGAUGAGCCAUGAGACCCUGUAUUUGGCAGUGAAGCUAAUAGAUCGCUACCUAAUGAAGGCACAAUGCAAGAAGAAUCAUCUACAGCUCCUUGGUUCUACUGCCUACAUGAUUGCAGCCAAAUUUGAGGAAUCCUAUCCCCCUUCUCUGAAAGAGUUCCUGUACAUUUGUGAAGAUGUUUAUCAGAAGAGUGAUAUGGUGUCCUUGGAAAGAAGCAUCCUGAAAACUCUGAACUUUGACAUCAAUAUUCCCACUGCAUAUAAUUUUCUGCGUAGAUACGCUUCGUGUAUCCGUGCUAGCAUGAAGACACUAACCUUAUCCCGUUUCAUCUGUGAGAUGACCCUGCAGGAAUAUGACUAUAUUGAAGAGAGGCCUUCAAAGCUAGCUGCAGCCUCCUUCAUCUUGGCCCUCUAUAUGAGGAAUCUCAGCAACUGUGUUCCUUCACUGGAAUAUUACACUGGCUACCAGAUAGCUGAACUCCAUAUCUUGGUCAGGAAGCUAAACCAUUUGCUGAACUUCCGAUCCCAUAUGCUCAAGAAUGUGUUUGAGAAGUAUUCUGAAGAGACCUACUUUGAAGUCACCAAAAUCCCUCCUUUGAGAAAGAAAGAUCUAGAGGAUCUUUUGAAUUCUGCAUUAUUCAGCUGA